UAUACAGUGUUCUAGUACAACGCAGAUUUAAUGUAGGCUUAUUAGGUGUGAUUUGUGAAACAAAGUUUUCUCUUAGAAUAGUGCGCUCGUACAUAAUCUAAGGCAAAGACGAAGCGAAGAGUAGAUAAAAUUGCAGAUGCAGAGUUGGCGGAACCGAAAGAAGAAAGAUCUAUUUAAUACACACCGAUACAAACAAUGGAGUCACACAAAGAUGGCAGCAGGCUGGCCACCAAGUAAGGUGACAAACCAUGUGAAGGAUGGAAUUCUGCCAGAUAGGUGUACCUGGACUCUGAAUGAUGUUUGCAUUUUGGGUUCAAAGGGGUGAAUGCACUACCAGAAUAUUGGCAUCAUCAUGUGAGCACCCCAGUGGCCAACAUAUUGAUGCUCUGCAAGGACUACAAGAGGAGACAGACCUCAAACUGCAGCAGAAGGCGGUAUCCAGGGAGUGUCUAACAAAGCCUGAAAUCGCCGGCCAAAUCGGAAAGUGGCCAAUAUCGCAUCACAUUGACCGGCCAAAGUCUUCGGGAUUUGGCCAGCCCGUUUGCGAAGUGGCGUGGGGCAGUCGUCCAAAGUCGGAAGAAAAAGAUCAAAAGACUCUCUUGUGUGGAUGGUACAGAUGCAAAGGAUUGCCUGAAAAGAAUCAUGCAGCGAAUCUUGAACGACAAGGUUUUAUAACUGUAAAGGCCAAAGAGGAGAAAAGUGUACUUUCAAGGGGCUUUCAAAAGUGCAGACCAUGGUAUGCAAAGCUGUACAGAAGAACAGUGGGUGCAUGGAGGCUUCAGAUAACAUCAUCGAAGAAAGCAGCAGCAGAAAGAGACGGGGUAGAAAGAAGAGGAGAGAACAAAAGUAAAUGCUAGCAUAUUUCAAGAAGGUGACAACUGUGUUUCUGUGCCCUGUGAACUUUCUGGAAUUUACUGUACUAUUAUGGCAGAAUUGUGUAGCUACGUUUCCUCGUUGGGAUUUGGCAUGCUGAGCUACUGUAUUCCUUUAUGGAAAAUCAUCUUGGAUUAUGCAAUUUUUUGCUGUAUCAACCUCUAUAUACCAAGCGACUGUGCUGAUUCCCUCUCCCUUCCCCCACAACCCCCACAGCCAGUUCAUCACCUAUUUUCAGAUGGAAAAAAGAGACUUCCAAGAAAUUGAAAUUAAAAACUGUGACAUAGUUAUCCUCAUCUUCAAUUAAGGCCAGGCACCUGAGGUAAAAAAAAUUUUAACGUUUUAUGGGAUAGCGCAGAUUUUUGUAGUCACCUUAAUUAAAAAAAUAUUUAGUCUACACAUCUGUACUACACUAGUUGCCCCUCCAUAUUUGCAAAAAAAACACUCUCCUCUCAAAAGGUCUUUAGAUACUUAUCUCUUUCUUGAACCAGAGCCUUGAUUUUCUAUAGUAUUGUGCAUAGCUCUAUUUCUCUCUCCUCUUUUGAGUAUGAGAGAGAGACAUGAGUGGACUUUUGUAUUAUACAAUGGCUUUUAGGUCUUGCAAUUAUUAUUACUUAGAUUUUAGAAAAUUUUGAACAUUAACAUUAAUGGUGUAUGUUAUCAGCAUGCUAAAGAGACUUUUUAAGUUAUCUAAAUAUGGCAGAUAGGCAUCAAAAUUAACUCUUUGAUUAUUUAUUAAUAGAAUAGUCAUACAUGUAUCUGAGAAAAUAGAGGAGACCAAAGAUUCAUAAAUAACACCUCUUUCCGACCGUACAUGAGAAAAACUAACGCAUUGAUGACUAUCACUUAGGUCCUUACAAAUGCAUAAAAGGUCCUUAUAAAGUCCUUACCUGGCACCAACCCUGAUCCCUGGAAAACUUCCAAAGCGUGUUCGUAUGUGUAGCCUAUGACCCCGUCAAAGUUGGCUUUAGUGAAUUCUGAUUGGGUAUAUGCAAAGUAUGUUUAUGCAUGCAUCCAUAUAAGGACAUUUCCGAUCCUUUGUCUUGUCUAGAAAAGAGCUCAAUUUAUAGCAUGAGAACCUUCUAUCGGCCUUGACCUAGCUUUUGUUUGAAAGGCGAUUGAAAGCUCUAUCCGACAAUAUAAAAUGUGACCCAGUUUCUCAAAUGGUGAAGUGUGUCCCAAACAUUAUUUGAGCGGCCCGGUGGCGCAACAGUUAGCGCUGUUAGCGCCUGUCACCAAUACAGUGAAGGUUGGCUGCCCUGAGUUCAUUUCUCGUCUCGGGCACGUUGUUCUUUCUCUGCACGUGGCAUC